AUGUCGCCAAACUAUAACAUCUCAUCUGAAACUGCUGUGCAGUAUGAAAACGAAUAUUCGGCCCAUAACUACCACCCUCUUCCAGUAGUUUUCCACAAAGCUAAGGGGGCUCAUGUUUGGGAUCCAGAAGGAAAAGAGUACCUGGACUUCUUGAGUGCUUAUUCUGCUGUUAACCAGGGUCAUUGCCAUCCCAAGAUCAUUGAGGCUCUUGUGGACCAGGCUUCAAAACUGACUUUGUGUUCCCGGGCUUUUUCCUCUGAUGUAUUUGGUGUCUAUGCUAAGUAUAUCACCGAGUACUUUGGGUUUGAAUCUGUGCUUCCUAUGAACACAGGUGCGGAAGCCGUGGAAACCGCAAUUAAGAUAGCCAGAAGGUGGGGAUACGUCAAGAAGGGUAUUCCCCAAGAUGAGGCAAUUGUUCUUGCCGCACAAAACAACUUUCAUGGUAGAACAAUUGGUAUCAUCUCCAUGUCGACAGACCCUGAGGCUACCCAGGACUUUGGGCCUUAUUUGAAGAAUGUUGGUCCUCAGAUUCCAGGUGAAGCUGAAGGCACUCCUUUGAGAUAUGGGGUAAUUGAAGACGUUGAAAGGGCCUUCAGUAAUGCUGGUGACAAGAUUGCUGCUAUUCUAUUGGAGCCUAUUCAAGGUGAGGCAGGUAUUGUUGUUCCUCCAGCUGACUAUUUGCCCAAAGUGCAAGAACUAUGUAAAAAGCACAACGUCCUACUGAUUUGCGACGAAAUCCAGACCGGUAUCGGUAGAACAGGUAAGCUACUGUGCUAUGAACACUCAAAGGGAGUUCGUCCAGAUAUGAUCUUACUAGGAAAGGCAAUUUCUGGAGGUGUCUUGCCUGUUUCAGCCGUUCUUUCGUCGAAAGAUAUUAUGUCUGUUAUCCAGCCUGGGUCUCACGGUUCGACUUAUGGUGGUAAUCCCUUGGCUUGCCGAGUCGCCAUCGCUGCACUAGACGUUGUCAAAGACGAACGUUUGGUAGACAGAGCUAGCGAGUUGGGUGACUUUUUGUUCCAUGAGUUAUCCAAGCUGCAGAGAGAAUCGAAUGGUGUCAUCUCAGAAAUCAGGGGAAAAGGCCUGCUUACCGCAAUCGUGAUUGACGAUUCUAAGGCCAACGGUAGAACAGCCUGGGAUCUUUGUCUAUUAAUGAAGAACCAUGGUGUCCUGGCAAAACCUACUCAUGACCAUAUUAUCAGACUCGCCCCUCCUUUGGUAAUAAGCAAAGAAGAUCUGCUCAAGGGAGUAGAUGCCAUCAGAACUUCCUUGGCAGAAUUGCCAAACGCUCCCCACGUUGAACAUUAA